AAACUUUGGAUGAUGAGGAGUGGAGGGAGGUACAGAAAUGUCAGUUUUACAAAAUGGCGAAUGUGCGUGAUAGUGAUACUUCUUUGUGGCUUCACAAUAAACUCGGAAUAUCAAACGAUUCUUGGACUGGAGGUUCAAUAUGCUCACAACUAAAUGCUGAAGUUUUAAGAAAUAUUAAAGACUGUUUCCCAGAUCUACAAACACAAGUCAAACUGAAAUUAUUACUGAGUUUCUUUCAUAUCCCGCGCAGAAAUUUGGAAGAAUGGAAAGCAGAGUUGGAACAAAUUUUGGAAGUAGCUCUUGGAGAUUCUGAGUUAUGGGUUGCUAUGCUAGCAGAUGCGUUAAAAACGUACCCUUCCACUGGGUCUUUGAAUACAGAAAUUUCAGAUGUAGACGAAGUUCGGCCUAUUUUCAAUGAUUUAGUUACUGAUUUACGAAGACUUGUACGCAAACAAAAUGAUCAUACAAUGCUUCCUAUGGAGUGCCACUACUUAAAUAAAGGAGCACUAGUCUCUGUUGUUGGACAUAAACCAGAACCAUUAAAACAUUUUACAAUAAAGAAAAAGCCUAAAUCAGCAUUGUUGAGAAUGGACCUUUUACAAAAAUCUAUGGAUGCUGCAUCAAAUAUGAAUAAAAAAUCAUGUGCUCCUGUAAUACCUGUUAGAUCAAGGGGGAUGCCUAGAAAAAUGACAGAUACAACUCCAUUGAAAGGUAUUCCGAGCAGAGUGCCCACUUCAGGCUUUAGGUCAGCUUUGAAUAGCAAUGCAAAUAGACCUCCCCUAUCAAGAGCACCAGCGGGCAGAAAGGAAGGUGGCGUAAAGUUACUAGAUAUAGCAGAUCAACCACUCGGAUAUGCUGCAGCUAAGAAAAGGAAGAAGAUGCAAGAAAUCGAGGAAGCUAAGAAAGCAACAGAAACAGCAGCUUUACAGAGUCCUCCACCUGCAGCUGGUGCAACACCAGAUUAUGCUGCUGGUUUGGCUCCAACUCCUACAUAUGCUCCAGCUACCCCACAACCUGUAGUGGUUUCUUCUGCAGUAAUAACGGCGCCGCCUACGCCAGCACCUCAACCAACGAUAGUACAACUUCCACCAACGCCAGCGCCUCCCACCCCAGCACCCCCGCCAACCCCUCAACAGAUCUCACCGCCCGUUCCUGUACCUACACCUCAACCAGCAGUUGCGGUGGCACAGCAAUUUAUCCAUACAAUGCGACCUGUACCUCCUCUUUUGGCUACUACACCUUCCGGACAAAGGACGAUCAUAUCUACAGAGCAGAAUAUUCAGCCUGUACAACAACAGGUACAAACUCAGAUUAUUGGUACACCAGUUGUGGUGGCUCAACGACCCAUGCAACAACCUCAACAGACUGUGACCCACAUCAGAAUCCAACCUCAACCCACCACAAAUGUUUUGCAGAGGAGAGGGCUUGCUCUUACAAGAGAACAAAUGUUGGAAGCUCAAGACAUGUUCCGUACAGCCAACAAAGUCACUCGACCCGAAAAAGCUCUUAUUCUUGGUUUUAUGGCUGGUUCGCGAGACAACCCGUGUCCACACCUCGGCAACAUAGUCACCAUCAAACUGUCGGAAGACCAAGAGAAUGUGCUUCAACCAGACGACACUUACCUCACCAUGUUAGUAGAAACCCACUUCCAGAUGAACUACAACAACGGCGAAUGGAAGAGGAUAAAAAAAUACAGGCAUGUAGAAAAUAUGGUAGAGCAAAUCGCCCAGAGUACACCGACGGCAGCUUUAGUGUGACAAAAGCAGGGUUUUAUUCGAUAGCCGACAGAAUGUGGUUAGGACAAGUAAUUGAAGUUGUGCUCUCCUUAUGAUCGAUGGUCCCACUUGACUUACAGGUGAGGAAAAUCCCACCCUCCAUAAUCGACACGAUAGUCCGCCGAGAUUGAAAUAUGGAUGUAGCAUCAACAGAAAUUAAAUUAACGCAAAAAUCAAAUGGUAUGCUGUGGGAUUGGCUGCUAGUAAUUUAUUACUUAGUCAUGCGACAAAUUAAUUAUCAGGAAAUAUGCCUCACAUUGAAAAAUUGACAAGUAUAAAGUUUAAAAUAUUUUGAAGGUUACUUAAGGCUAUUUGUCAUGACACUAAAUUAAGUUAUUAAUUUAGAACUUAAUUUUCCACCUGCAAGGAUACCAAUUUUCAGUACUAAAUUAAGUCUACAUGCAAUUGCAUAAUCUCUUAUGAAAUUAGACAAGAAAG